AUGUCUUUCCCCAUUCUUACCGCAAAGUGUAUGGAUUUCGACGAUGUGGCAUGGGAGCAGAGUGGGAAGCGUUUCGAUACCUGGAAAAAAGAGAAGCUUUUGAAAAGAGAAAAUCUAGUUGCCGUGGGGAACCUGAUAGAUAAAUGGAGAGGCGGUGUUCCCGACACGCUUCUUACGCCUGGCCGAGGCUCUUUCAAUGUCUGGGUGCGAUUGAAGUUUGUCGAUGGUGGUUCUGCCAUUAUGCGAGUUCCUUGCUAUGGAGUGUCGAUGUUUCCAGAAGAAAAGGUUCAACGAGAAGUUUCCGUAAUACGUUUCCUUGAGCGCCAUACCACUAUUCCAGUGCCUCAUAUUCUUCAUUAUGGCAUGACCAGGGAGAGUCCAGAUGAGCUAGGUCCUUUCAUCAUUAUGGAGUAUAUAGAACACGAAUACGACCUCGUCGAUGCGCUCAAUACUCCAGGGAUACCAGACGAUAAACGACCAAUUUUGGAUACCCAAAUUUCGGAAGAACGGCUAAUAUUCGCUUAUGGUCAAAUGGCCGAUAUUAUGCUUCAGCUGUCAAAGCACACAUUCACGGAAAUUGGCUGUAUAGCCAGAACAAAUGAGGAUGAUGAGUUUGAUGAUCUAUGGAUCGUUAAGCACCGUCCAUUGACGUUAAACAUGAAUGAGCUUGUCCAAGUUGGAAACUUUCCCCCUUAUCUACUCCCUAAUGGUCCUUUUAUGACAUCGUCAUCCUACUACCGGGCCCUUGCUGAUAUGCAUAUAUCCCACCUUAUUACUCAGCACAAUGACGCUAUUGACUCACCAGAAGACUGCAGAACAAAGUGUAUCGCAAGGUUUCUAUUCAGGAAACUUGCAAGGGAGGAUCGGUUUUGCAAGUAUAAUAACCAGGGCCCGUUCAAGCUAUUCUGUGACGACUUCCGUCCUGCAAAUAUUCUGGCAAAUUCAGAAUUCAGGGUCGUUGGGGCAAUAGAUUGGGAAUAUACCUAUUCAGCGCCACUUGAGUUCGCUUAUAGCGCCCCAUUCUGGCUUCUUCUGGAACUUCCCGAAUACUGGCCGGGAGGGCUGGAUGACUGGACCAAUGUCUAUGAGACACGCCUAGUGACAUUUCUUAGGGUACUUGAAGAGAGAGAGAAAGUGGCGCUCGAUCGUGGACUAUUAGCCGAAGAACACCGUCUUUCUACAUAUAUGAGGGAUAGCUGGGAAAGUGGAGAUUUUUGGGUUAAUUAUGCAGCAAGGAGAAGUUGGGCUUUCGACAUGAUAUAUUGGGCGAAGAUUGACAGAAGAUUUUUCGGCGAGGGGAAUCUCGCCGAUCGUUUCCAACUACUAACUUCGGAAGAGCGGCAAGAGAUAGACAACCUUGUGGAUAAAAAGAUGAAGGAAAAAAAGGAGCGGAAACUAACGGACUGGAUGUCUUGA